UGUCCUUUCUCCCUGUGUGCUCCCGGAUGUUUUGGGGUCGCUGAGGGGACUGCGACCCGGAAGUGUUCCCGCACUGGGGACUGCCGCACCUGAUGCUCAUUAGCCCUCACCAGCUGCAGCUGACGGCUUCGUGAGGAGCGUCUUAUUUAAGAAGGUGGCGGAGCUCCAGUCGGCGCGGGAUUAUACUAAGUCAAACCUGAGUCGGGAGUCAGGAACGUCGUCACGAGGGGAAAUCACGGAGUGGAAUCGGGUUUUUGGAGUUGUCACCUUUUCACUGCUAUGGACACGUGCACUGUGUGGGAUUCAUAGAGGAAUCGCCACAGGAGUCACAGUGCUUGAAUUGUAUAUAGUUGUCGUUUCUGUCCACUCACCAUAAAUAAAUCCACUGUCCUUCACUAGAGUCUCGCGUUUGGGCCCUACUUUCUCUACAACUCCACGGUCUGCUGUCGCAGCCCGUGACAGAAUAAUCCCGCCCAACAUGGACCCAGCGAACUCAUCGGAGAGGUUCAGGAGGGAGGUAACGGAUAAGGUAAAUAGACUCUGCAACCUUUGGCUGGAGGCGCACGAGGAAGGAUUUCGUCGCACCGUGGAAAAGCGGCUGAAGGAGACGCUGUCUUGCUUCCCUUGGGUACUGGAUACGCUCUACCCGAUCGUCGCGGACUUUCUAGCUAACACGCUCCACCUCCACUCUCCUAUUCUGGCUGCUCUUCAGCCCGACCAGCUGGGGGAUCCGCAGCCUGACACGCCGGCCCCGGCAUCGUCAAAGAAGCGACGCUCGCGCCGCCGGCGCUCUUCACCGCAGCCGGAUUCCCGGACUUCACAACAACCGGCUGUGGUGAGUCAUAAGGACAACUUUUCAUUUUUCACUCCAUCUGUUUGUUUACUUAGGCACUGUGAGACCGCCAAGCCUGUAACUCAGGCAGCCGCCCAGUCUAUAGCUAAGCGGUCUGCAGUUCAAUCAUCUACCCCACCUACAGCAGCCUCCACUCCACUACCCACUCCAGCAGCUGUGGAUGCCGCUGGGAGUAAAAUGAACUCUAUUAGUGUGUUAAAUUCUUUCCCUGUGACGGAAAUAGAGAGCGUCGCUACAGAUUGUACCUCGCUGCCUUUACCCCUACUGACUGCUUCUCUCUCUGCUCAACCAAUUGCUGUUGCUGUGCCACCAUUCACUCCACCAUCAGCACAGUCUGCAGUUCAGCCAUUAGCUCUCCCCAUCACACCUCAACCCACUCCAGCGGCUUCAGCCGGGCCAGCCGGCGAUGGUCCGACAGUGUUCAUCACCGCUGUGAGUAAACCGGACUCAAUUGUUUCUCUAGAUCCUGUCAUUAAGAGUCUAAUCGCAGAUGAACAGGAUGAGACAGUUUCUUCUGAACCCAAGGACCGCGCCCAGUCUGUGACUGGGAACUCGAGGCCCACAAUGGGGAAUAAGCUUGAAAAUUCUGAUUGGCCAGAAGAUGAAAAGGAACUGGCAGCUAAUUCCGGGUCAUUAAUUAGUGUAGAGAGUAUUGAAAACCAUUUCCCUUGCUCCCCAUCCGAGGAUGGAGCCUUAAUUUUCGAGGCUGUUAACCCUGAGUCAUUGGACUAUGAAAGUGUAAAUCUAAAAGAUGUUUUUGUGGCUACUGAUCAGCUAGUAACUCAGUCUACUGAUCAGCUAGUAACUCAGUCUGCUGCCCAGCUAGUAACUCAGUCUGCUGCCCAGCUAGUAACUCAGUCUGCUGCCCAGCUAGUAACUCAGUCUGCUGCCCAGCUAGUAACUCAGCCUGCUGCCCAGCCUGCUGCCCAGCCUGCUGCCCAGCCUGUAGCCGUAGCACAGCCAGCUGCCCAGCCUGUAGCCGUAGCACAGCCAGCUGCCCAGCCUGUAGCCGUAGCACAGCCAGCUGCCCAGCCUGUAGCCGUAGCACAGCCAGCUGCCCAGCCUGUAGCCGUAGCACAGCCAGCUGCCCAGCCUGUAGCCGUAGCACAGCCAGCUGCCCAGCCCCUCCGAUUCUCUGCAGGAUGUUCAGAGGAGCUCAGUCUGCCAAGUGAGGACUGUUUACCUGGGCUGGAACAGGCUGACUGCCCCGCACAGCCCCAGCCGCGGCAUCACGAGCUGGCUGUGAGCCCUGUGCUGUCUCAACCAACUUCACCUUUACCAGAGAUCUCGAUACCUGCUGGUCACGCAUCUGUCUUUGCUGAAGGGUCCGAGGGGCUGCUUCAGCUAUCAUCUGUUUCACCAUCCACAUCAACUACACUGCCAUCAUCUCCACCGCCCGCUGCUGUAUCACCAUCAUCACCGUCUGUUGCGGCAAUGUUGUCGGAAGAGCCCGCGCCGCCUGCUGAGGAGCUCGGCGAGCAGGAGCUCUGCGAGCGGGAGGAGCCCGCACCGCCUGCUGAGGAGCUCGCCGAGCCAGAGCAGGAGUUCUGCGAGCGGGAGGAGCCCGUGCUACCUGCGGAAGGACUCAGCGUGCCAGAGGGACCCGCUCAGCCAGAGCUGAAGGUCAGUGUGGCGGAUGUACCUCCACACCAUCCACGUCCAGCGCGCCCUCCACGCCGUCCACGUCCAGCACGUCGGGGAUCACGGGCCAUUCUACACCGUUGUUCACCGGAGCUGCAACGCCGCCGCCACCGGUGCCGUGGCGGGCCAUCAGAGCUGCAACGCCGCCGCCACCGGGGCCGUGGCGGGCCAACGGAGCUGCCACUCUGCUGCCACCGGAUCCGUGGCCCCCAGCCGGGGCUGCAGCGCGCUGCCAUUGGACCCAUGGCAGGCCACCUGAGCUGCAACGAUGUUGCCGCCGCAGCCGCGGCAGGCCGCCAGAGCUGCAGUGCGACCACCACUGGACACGUGGCAGGCCACCGGAACCAUUUCGCCGCUGCUGCCGGACCCAUGGCUGCCCGCUGGUGCUGCAACACCGCCACCACUGGGCCUGUGGUCGGCCACCUGAACUGUUUUUCCACCACUGCCUGACCCACAGCGGGCUUCGCCUGUUUUGCCGUCUAUUGGGUCGGCCGCCAGAACUGUUGCUGCCACUAGGGCAGUGGUUGGACUAUUGAACUUUGGUUUUUCUUUUUUGUUGUCUAGUGUUGUCGGAGAGGUUUUGGGGCCCUCCGUCCUGGACCCCCCUCCGCCCGCCCUGGGUUGGUCGUACUGUGGUUUUGUUUUGUUUUUUCGGGUCGUCAGGAGCCGACCCUUAGAGGGGGGGGUACUGUCAUGGUCUGGGUCUGAUGACCCAGAGCCCAUGUAUUUCUUGUAUAUGUUUUUCCGUAUGUUAUGUUUUGGUGGUUUUCUCUCCUUUUUUGUCCUUUCUCCCUGUGUGCUCCCGGAUGUUUUGGGGUCGCUGAGGGGACUGCGACCCAGAAGUGUUCCCGCACUGGGGACUGCCGCACCUGAUGCUCAUUAGCCCUCACCAGCUGCAGCUGAUGGCUUCGUGAGGAGCGUCUUAUUUAAGAAGGUGGCGGAGCUCCAGUCGGCGCGGGAUUAUACUAAGUCGAACCUGAGUCGGGAGUCAGGAACGUCGUCACGAGGGGAAAUCACGGAGUGGAAUCGGGUUUUUGGAGUUGUCACCUUUUCACUGCUAUGGACACGUGCACUGUGUGGGAUUCAUAGAGGAAUCGCCACAGGAGUCACAGUGCUUGAAUUGUAUAUAGUUGUCGUUUCUGUCCACUCACCAUAAAUAAAUCCACUGUCCUUCACUAGAGUCUCGCGUUUGGGCCCUACUUUCUCUACAGCUCCACGGUCUGCCAUCGCAGCCCGUGACAAUAGUAUUCUAUCAAAACAAAACCACUCAAUUUUUAUGUCAUUAACAUGCUCUCAGCUCACAAUUCUUUUAUUUUUCAUGGGACUGGAUGUACCGGCCUGAAUGAACUUCAUAAAUGUGAAUCGUUACCAAGCAGACAGAAAACGGACAUGAAAACUUUCCAAUAUGCGUUGUUGUGGUUCUGUGUCCAAAAACAAAGAUAUCAAAAGUAUCUGCUUCUGGUAGAUUUUGGUUG